AUGACUACCACUAAGACACCCCCAGUCUCCGCGCAGAAUCAAGGUGCUCUACCACCACCCCCUCGAGGAGACAUCACCACUCCGCUUUUAUUUAGCCGGCAGUUCCCUCCCGAUGAAACACCUUAUAUGUACAUCAAGUGUCCCCCUCCAGAGGGAGUCCCUUAUACCAACAUUCGCGGCGAACCGAGCAUGGUGACUGUUCAAGACCUGCGCGGCAAGGAGUCCUCUGUCAAUCUCGACCACGAUUCCAUCCAUAUUGUUCAGGGCGUCCCCAUCUCCAAGACCAAUUUCGACAACGAGGAGGACAUCCGGAAGAACUACUAUCCACUAGUAGAACAGCAGAUUCUGGCCAACGUCCCCGGUGCCACCAAGGUGCACAUCUUCCGCCAUGGGAUCCGCCACACGAAGAACUUCCCCGUGCCUUAUAAUCCGCCCGCAUUGAUUGCCCAUCUGGACCAUACGGGGGAUGCGGUGGUCGAUCGCGUGAGAUAUCACCUGGACGAGGAAGAGGCCGAAAAGCUGCUGCUGGGCCGCUACCGUGUGAUACACUUCUGGCAGCCCCUAAACGGCACCGUCUACACCUGUCCGCUCGCGAUUGCAUCGAGUGCCACCGUCAAGGACGAAGACAUUGUCACCAUGGUCUCCCAUCUCAAGGAUUUCUCGGAAGAUUUUGGCGCUCCCAUCUAUCGAGACCAUCAGAAGUGGUACUAUCUCUCCGGAGUAGGGGCUGACGAGGCGAUCAUGUUACAGAUCUUCGACUCGUAUGGAUCGAAACCAGGCAGUGGGGUCAAGGGAGGGCGCGCGGUCCAUGUCGCUUUCAAGGAUCCUCGGACGCCGCCGAACGCCCCAGAUCGCUGGAGUAUUGAGACCUCUGCGCUUGUCUUUGGACCAUGA